GACGUGGGGGACCGGAUGGGAACGUUUUCCCCUGUGAGAACAAAGCACAAGUUAUUUCAAAGUCCAGUAUGUGUAGAGGAAACCGGUACAUGUUCUUUUGAGCUAGGAGAUCGGUUAUAUUUUGCUACUUUAAGGAAUAGACCAAAAAGCACAGUAAAUACCCACUAUUUCUCCAUCGAUGAGGAGCUGGUCUAUGAAAAUUUUUAUGCAGAUUUUGGACCUCUGAACUUGGCAAUGGUGUACAGAUACUGCUGUAAACUAAACAAGAAACUGAAAUCAUACAGUUUAUCAAGAAAGAAAAUAGUGCACUACACCUGUUUUGAUCAACGGAAAAGAGCAAAUGCAGCAUUUUUAAUAGGUGCUUAUGCUGUAAUCUACUUAAAGAAGACACCAGAAGAAGCCUACAGAGCACUGCUAUCUGGCUCAAACCCCCCCUAUCUUCCCUUCAGGGAUGCUUCCUUUGGAAAUUGCACUUACAAUCUCACCAUCCUCGACUGUUUGCAGGGAAUCAGAAAGGGAUUACAACAUGGAUUUUUUGACUUUGAGACAUUUGAUGUGGAUGAAUAUGAACAUUACGAGCGAGUUGAAAAUGGUGACUUCAACUGGAUUGUUCCAGGAAAAUUUUUAGCAUUUAGUGGACCACAUCCAAAAAGCAAAAUUGAAAAUGGCUAUCCUCUGCACGCCCCUGAAGCCUACUUUCCUUAUUUCAAAAAGCAUAACGUGACUGCAGUCGUGAGGCUGAACAAAAAGAUUUACGAGGCAAAGCGCUUCACAGAUGCCGGCUUCGAGCACUAUGACCUCUUCUUCAUAGACGGCAGCACGCCCAGUGACAACAUCGUGCGAAGGUUCCUGAACAUCUGCGAGAACACGGAUGGGGCGAUUGCGGUUCACUGCAAAGCUGGUCUUGGGAGAACAGGGACGUUGAUAGCCUGUUACGUCAUGAAACACUACAGGUUUACACACGCGGAAAUAAUUGCUUGGAUCAGAAUAUGUCGGCCAGGCUCCAUUAUAGGACCGCAGCAGCACUUCCUGGAAGAAAAACAAGCAUCGUUAUGGGUCCAAGGAGACAUUUUCCGAUCCAAACUGAAAAAUAGACCAUCCAAUGAAGGGAGUAUUAACAAAAUUCUUUCUAGCUUGGAUGAUAUGUCUAUUGGUGGAAACUUAUCUAAAACACAAAACGUGGAAAGAUUUGGAGAGAAUAACUUAGAAGAGGAUGAAGACGUGGAAAUGAAAAAUAGUAUAACCCAGGGAGACAAACUACGUGCCUUAAAAAGUCAGAGACAGCCACGCUCCUCACCAUCCUGUGCAUUUAGGUUGGAUGAUACGAAAGGGCACCCAAGAGCAGUGCCCCAGCUUUUCAGAUUGACUUCUUCCCCACAAGGAUCUGCAUCUACUUUGAAGACCUCAAAAGUGGCUCUGUCCCCCUCAGCGACGGCCAAGAGGAUAAACAGAAGUUCUUUGUCCUCAGGCGCCAGUGUAAGAAGCUUUUCCAUAAACUCCCGGCUAGCCAGUUCUCUAGGGAACUUGAACGCUGCAACAGAGGAGCCAGAGAACAAAAAGGCCUCCUCGUCCUCUAAGGCGGGUUUCGUAGCCAGCCCGUUCACCAACCUCUUGAAUGGCAGCUCUCAGCCGUCUGCCAGAAAUUACCCAGAGCUCAACAACAAUCAGUACAGCAGAAGCAACAGCACCAGCGGGAGCACCGUGAACAGCCAGCCGAGCCCCCACGGCGCCGUCAAAGCGGAGGAGCACAGCCCCGUUCUUCGGCCCGCCUACCCCGGCCUCUCUUCUUCCUCAGCGAGAUUCCUGAGCCGUUCAAUCCCCUCCCUUCAGUCUGAAUAUGUUCAUUACUAAGGCCUUGCCGCUCCGACGAAGGCUGUUCCACUCUUAGACACAGUGUCUUCAUCUGGACGAGCAAUGUAGAGAGAAAGCCACUGCUGUUCGAGGGAUAUUUCUGCCUUCUUACCUUAAAUUAAGGAGAGCACUCACAUAAGACCUUCAAGAGACUUGAAACCAGAAAACUCUGGUUAAUGACUACUAUAAAUGCACUGAAACUAUGUUUAUGGAGAUGUCAAUGCUUUUUAAGACCGUUUUAAUGUUGAAUUUGGUAUUUUGAAAGGUUAUUUUUAAUGUAUUUCGGUAAUACAUUUGCUACUACCUUUACAUGUACAGUGUUACAUUAUGUAUGUAUUGUGAACUUUAAAAGACUAUUUUGAUAAAUUUAUAAAUCUAUAAAAUUAUGUAAAAACUAGACUCUAUUUUGACUUAGAUUUUCUUGUCGUUUGCUACCAAAAAUUUGUAUUUUGAAUUUAUUUAGUAUGGUUUUGUCUAUGAUGAAUAAAUAAUUCCUCUUUAUUAAGAAAAAGUAAGGGAGAAAGUUUUUAGAAAGUGAUUUUUUUUUAUGUCCCCUGUGAAUAGGGCAGAUCAGUUCAUUCUUUUGGGAAGUCAGUCUAAUGUAAUGAGUUUAUGCAAGUUUAUCUCUGGCAAGAGGAUAAUCGUUUGAUAUGGCUUGUUCAGACCGUUUCCUUUCCCUUUUGUUUUUGUUGCUCAGCUGUUUAGUUUCGCAUCCUUGUGGGGCUUUAACAAAAUUUAACAUCCAGUUGAAGAUCAGAAUUCACUGAACGUUUCUCCUGAAAACACAGUUUUUCUCUAUGAAAUGACUCAACAUUCCAAAUGCUUUUAUUUCUUUCUUCCUCUCGAGAGUUCUUAACCCAGUUAGAAUAUUUUGCUUUUGGUACGAGGUUGUUGUCUGUAACCAUGUGUGGUCUGGCACCAGUUUUAAAUCAAUGAAGAGAAAAACUGAAUAAGAUGCUGCUGUUUCUCUGUAUUAAAGGAGAUAUGUUUGUAACAGAUUACGAACACCUAAGACACAAGCCAGCAUGUCAGAAACCUAACGUGGAAAUGAAGGGACCCCUGACAGGUGCUCACAGCCCUUUUAUGUAAGUGUAAUCUGGCAUCAGGCCUCAGAAGCCCGUAGGUUUCAUUUCCAUGGGGUGUGGGGAGCCUUAGAUUCUGAUUAUCUUCCAUGCUGCUUAAGAAUGGACUGUUCAGACAGUUAAGUGGAUCCACAUGAAGUGCUUUCCUCUCAACCACUGAGUUAUUUACAAUAUAUUUAUUAAGGACGGGGUACCUUGAGGCUAUUACACAUGCUUCGGCAAAACAUCUUGUUCAUGUUUUACAUUUUAAAAAGGCAUUUGAAUGAAUGUUUGGCUCAGGUUCAUUACUUAAGCUUCAGUAACUGCAGUACCAAAUAAUUGCACUAAGCUGAUGAAAAAAAUGAAUUGUAUGUUUUAGGAGUCAAAAAUUAAAAUAAGUGAAAUUAAAUUGUAUACCUUUUCUAAAACUGAAAGAGUAAAAUAUUUUAUUAUGAGUUAUUGUAAAAAAAAAGAGUGGUUAGUGGUACAGGAAGAUGGUAGUAUUUAAAAAAAAAUCAGUGAAAAGUAAUUCAGGUGACGUUUGAAAAGUGGGGAAAAGGGAACCAUAUGGACAGUUUUAGUUCUGUGAACACUAAUUUGUGUGCAGCUAUUGAAAUGAUUGUAAAAUUGACUACUAUAAAUUCUCCAUAAUUAUGUUGUGUAUUAGUCCUGUGUAUCAACAUGUGUAUGUCUUAGAAUUAUUUGUACACAUGUCCAUACACAGACAAAUCAAGAAGUGUAUGUAUAUAAUAUAGAAAGUAUAUAGCAAAGUAAUUCUACUCCAAAAAUAAAAAAAUUGUUGACAUGUAUUUUGUUAUGAAUAGUUUACCUUCCAAAAGAUAAUUUGUUCUAUUUUAAAGUGUAGAAAAAUGCACUGCUAAUAAAUAAUAAAAGUUUUAUGCAAUUUA